UACAUAUUUCUGCUCUAGUGGAUUACCCAUACUAUGCCUGAACUCCCAUACUCGUAGGAAAAUUCGCGUCGUGAUUCAAUUCGUCGCCAUAGCAGCAUUAUGGGUCAGCAUCGGUUACUCGGCCGGGCGUUUCUUUCGACGGCUGUCGCUCUCAUCUGCGCGUUGUGUGCGCUCACAGCCGCAGCGGCAGCAGCACGGGACCUUUACUCCGUGCUGGGCGUCGAGCGGGCGGCCAACGACAAGGACAUUCGCAAGGCCUUCUACAAGCUGUCGCUCAAGUACCACCCGGACAAGAACCCCUCCAAGGCCGCCAAGAGCAAGUUCAUGGAGAUCUCACACGCGUACGACGUGCUGUCUGACCCGGACAAGCGCCGGCAGUACGACCUCAUGGGGGACCCCUCCUCCAUGCCGCCUCCCUCCUCGCGCUCGUCGCAGUCCUCGCAUUCCUCUCGUGCGCACGCCCAGUCAGGGGGGCAGCAGCAGUGGCAGGGCGAGCCAGGCUUCGGUGGGUUUGGGUGGGGUGAAGGCGCUGGGGCGGGAGGGGGAAGGCGGAGCAGUGGGGGGAACACAUACACGUAUCACUUCUCGUCCAGCAACGGUGCUACCUCAGGGGGUGGUGCUGGUGCCGGGGGUGCGAGCAGCAAGUCCGCGUCCUUCUCUUCCUCCCGCGCGUCGCCCUUCUCAUUCGCCUCCUCGGGUUCUUCCCCUCCCAACAUUGAGGAGCUGCUUGCAUCCUUCGGCAUGGGCGGCAUGGGUGGCAUGGGCGGCAUGGGUGGCAUGGGCGGCAUGGGCGGCAUGGGGGGGCAUUUCAGGCAGGGCUUCUCCACGUCCAAGUCGCGCAGCGGCAAGAAGCGCUCGGGGGGGAGCAUGGAGGAUUUGCUGGCGGGCUUCAUGGGUGGGGCUGCUGGUGGGGGGCCAUGGCAUGGCACACAGCAGCGCAGCCAGCAGUCUGGCGGCGGCUUCACUGGAGCGUUCAGCGGAGCCCAGGGUUCUAAGUCCUCAAGCUGGUCCAGCAAGGCUCGGCCACCCAACCAGAGGGCUAAGGCAGGGGCGUCUAGUGGGAGUGCAAAAAACACGGACGAGAGCUCGUCUAGAAGAUGAGGCAGACGCAGCUCUAUGGCAAAGAAUGGCUGCAUGAGCAUAUGCCCAUGUAUAUAGUACCGUAAUCCAUUUUGGCGUUGCCAAAAUAUCACUAAAAUUCUGGGUGGGAGUUAACCAGGCCUUGUGAUAGGUUUAAAGCCCUUGGCUAAAAUUACAAAGCUGGGCCUCAUUUGAAACUUGUGUAUUUUCUUUCAGGCAGGAAAAUAUU